AUGGUUAGAGCAAGAGUCCCGCGUGUGCAUCAAAGAGGAUCGUUAUAUCCGAUAGUAAACGUCGAAAGAAAAAUUCCGAAGUUAGAAUCAAACGAAAUAACAACACACGAUUCACCCAAAGAUAACGCAGAUACAAAUUCAUUGAAAGUAAUUUUACAACCUAUAACGUCAUCUAACGAGAUUAUAAAAGACUUUCACGAAGAGUCACCCAUAUCGUCUCCGGACGAGUCUAUAGAAGAAUUUCCUUUAACACCGCAAAGCGAGUCUAUGGAAGAAGUUUGCACAGAAAAAAUUUAUAAACGAAGAGAACUACCGAGCAUGGUAUCUCAACCGUUAAACGAACUAGCUAAAGAAGAAACUCGUAAGCGAAGAAGGACAUCAAUAGCAGGAACAUUACCUUAUGAACAAUUAAUCUCAUUCGAUGGUGCCUAUGAGUCACAGCGAAUAGAAGAAUUUGGAGGAAUAGAGGAACCACUUGUUGAUCCGAUUGUUGAACAACAUAUUCAAUAUAUGGUUCCAUUUCCUUCUUCUUCGUUUAAUUUCGAGUACCAACAGGAGUUACCAUUACCAAUACAAACCUCGUUCAUCGAACCAAUUCAAUACUUAGAGAGGAUUUCGACACUUAAUUCAUCUAAUGAAGUUGAACCACCAAAGAGUCCACUCAAACACGGUGAUGUUUUUUUAACGGAUUGGCCUGACACAAAUAAUAUGGAAUUGGGUUUAUCAAUGAUUAGUUAA